ACUGUCCGUGUUUCACUGCGUAAUUGGAAAAGAGUGUUGCGACCGUAGCAGAUGUGUUCUCCACUCGGUGGCCCUUACUGCCUUACCAAACUUAUCAUUGUGCAUUUUUAUUUUUAAUUCUCAUUUCCCGCGGUCCACUUCAAUCAAAUUGGUCCUUCGAGGAUUCGACUUCGAAUUUUCGAAAUGCAACUGGUUCAGGACGAAGAGGAGGAUAUCUCCGUUGCGGAGAGCCUCGACGAUGACGGUUUACCAUCUCUUGAGCUCUCACCAGAGUCAAAGGACCGCGGAAGAGAACAAAAUGGAAAUAAGGAUCGAGUGAUCGAAGCUGCAGAGGGAAGCUUCGUUUCAGAUUUUUAUCGCAGUGGAACAGAUUGGUCAUGCUUGCUGGAGAAGAACACGCAAGAGAGACCUCCAGAAAGAAAGCUUAAACAGACCAAUCUUUUCGAGCUCUGGGGCUUCAAGAAGCCCGACGAUUCAAAUGCCAAACCUAGGGUUUCGUCUUUGUCUUUAAAGAGGACGAGGACGCAAUGGAUCUCUGUUGAAUCGGUCAACGAUCGGAUGAAUCCGAAGGUUCCCUGUCUGGGCAACAGGAGCAAUGGGGGAGGGAAUAAUCUCAGACGUGUCUGCCCCUUCUACAAGAAAAUCCCUGAAACUUCUUUCACUGUAGAUGCAUUUCGCUAUGGCCUUAUCGAAGGAUGCUCAGGAUAUUUUCUUAGUCACUUCCAUUGUGAUCAUUAUGCUGGCUUGAGCAAGAGGUGGUCAUAUGGUUCUAUCUAUUGUACUCCUCUUACUGCUCGGCUAGUGAAAAAGUUCCUUUUAGUAAAUCCUUCAUUUGUCCAUCCUCUGGAACUAGAUAUUGAAUAUGUCAUUGAUGGAAUCAAAGUAACUAUGCUUGAGGCUAAUCAUUGUCCUGGGGCAGCUCUGGUACAUUUUCGUCUUGAAAAUGGUCAAUGUUAUUUGCACACUGGAGACUUCAGAGCAUGUAAAUUGAUGCAGUCAUAUCCCCUUCUUGUAAACCAUCGAGUCAAUGUGCUUUACCUAGAUACAACUUACUGCAACCCAAAAUACAGGUUUCCUUCUAAGGAAGAUGUACUGGACUUUAUUGUGAAGACAACUAAGAACAGUCUUAAGAGGCAUCCAAAAACCCUUAUAGUUGUUGGAGCAUAUAGCAUUGGGAAAGAAUGUGUUUAUCUUGCUAUUUCUGAGGCAUUAGGGGUCAAGAUAUAUACAAAUGCUUCCAGGAGGCGGAUUUUGCAGUCUUUUGAUUGGACUCAGCUCUCAGGAAAACUCUGUUCAUGCGGAGAGGAAACACCUCUUCAUAUUCUGCCCAUAUCAUCACUGCGGCCUGAGACCCUAGCAGAGUACUUGAAAACCUACAAGCACAAAUUCACAGCAGUUUUAGCAUUUCGGCCUACUGGCUGGACUUACUCUGAGGCUAGUGGGAAUCAGCUGGAUCUAAUCAAACCCAGUACUAGAGGCAAUAUCAUGAUAUAUGGUGUUCCAUAUAGUGAGCACUCCAGCUUUUUGGAACUCAAAGAAUUUGUGCAGUUCUUGAGACCUGACAAUAUAAUCCCCACAGUCAAUGUUAGCAAUGCUGCUCACCGAGAUAAGAUGCAAUCCUAUUUCCAGGAAUGGCUGAAAGUUAGUCCUCAAUGGAAAGUUUCUCCAACAUCUACCAGGCCAAGAGUCAACUAAACCGGAUGAAUUCAACCUUGAAUCACUCACGAUAUUUUGCUCCUAUUUUCAAGCAAAUGAUUGAUAAUGCACUCCAACCUUGUUGAUUCUUUGUUUAUAAUUUCUUAUAUGAGCUGAUUUGCAUUAUAUUUGGAGUUGAAGAUAUUAUCCAAUUGCUGAGGAAAACCAGCAAAAAGAUCAGAUCAAAUAAGAUGCUUGAUAAGUGGGUUAAUUGCAGGCUUUAACUCGAUAGUCUGCAUCAAGGAGUACAAGCGGUUUCUAUUGUUUAUAAAAUAGAUUAUUGCAUUGUUCUGUUGUAAAAUGUUCUUUUAGUACUCGGAUGUAAGAAAGCACAGUUCAAAUGGAAUCCAGGAUAGGUGUGCAAGAUAUCUACUGUCUCAAUUACCAA